AUGGCAUCCAGCAUUGGAAAUGAAAGGAGUGUGAAUCCUGUGCUCAGAAUAAGUCAGCUUGAUGCUCUUGAGUUAAACAAAGCCCUGGAACAACUAGUGUGGUCCCAGUUUACCAGUUGUUUUCAUGGAUUUAAACCAGGGGUGUUGGCUCAUUUUGAACCAGAAGUAAAAGCAUUUUUAUGGCUUAUAUUAUGGAGAUUCACUAUUUAUUCCAAGAAUGCAACUGUGGGGCAGGCUAUUCUGAAUAUUCAAUACAAGAACAACCUAUCUCAGACAGAGAAAUACCAACCUUUGAGCAAACACCAGAAGUUAUGGUAUCUUAUUUUCACUGUGGGUGGAAGAUGGUUGGAAGAAAGAUGUUAUGAUUUAUUUAGUAAUCGUCAGCUGCAAUCUUUCUGCAAAAUCAAGCGUUGUAUUACCUUUGGAGCUGGACUUAUUAAGCUUUGUGGACUUGUAAAUUUUCUGAUUUUUCUUCAGAAAGGAACGUUUGCAACGCUCACUGAACGCAUUCUAGGAAUUAGGUCAGUUUUUUGCAAGCAGCAAAGUGUUCGUCAGGUAGGAUUUGAAUACAUGAACAGGGAGCUCUUAUGGCAUGGCUUUGCUGAAUUUCUGAUCUAUCUGCUACCACUUAUUAAUAUACAGAAACUAAAACUUAAAAUUUAUUCUUGGUGUUUGCCCGUUCCAGGACUUUCCAAUAGUGAAAAUACAUUAGCAGCUCACUGCAAGGAAUGUUCACUAUGUGGAGAAUGGCCUACCAUGCCUCAUACCAUAGGCUGCUCACAUGUUUUUUGUUACUUCUGUAUUAAAAGUAACUAUUUAUUCGAUAUGUAUUUUACAUGUCCUAAAUGUGGCUCAGAGGUACACAGUCUGCAGCCACUGAAAUACAAAAUUGAAAUGACAGAAUUGCAUGUGUGAUAAGGCUUGUGUGAUUUGGUUUUAUACUAGACCUGAAAUACUACAUUGCAGAGAUUAAUGGAAAAAUUCAGAAAAU